AUGGACAAACGGAGUGCCCAAGGAGAAGAUUUUGUUGUCACCAUGAAGGAGAUUCAUGAACAAGUUAAGACUUCACUUCAACAAAGUGCUAAUAAAUAUAAACUCAGAGCAAAUGUUAAGAGGAGAGAUGUUCAAUUCAAAGUAGGGGAUUUGGUGAUGGCUUACCUAAGGAAAGAAAAGUUACCCAAAGGCCAACCUUCUAAACUACUCAUGAAGAAGAUAGGUCCCCUCUGGGUGAUUCAUAAGUUUGGAAACAAUGCACAUGAAGUUGAACUUCUAGCAUACUUGGGAGUAUCUCCCAUCUUCAAUGUAUGUGAUUUGGCAGCCUUCAAAGGAUCCUUGACAGAUGCAACACCUGAUUCAUCUCUUGAGGAAGAGGAUGUAGAGUGGAUGAAGGAUCUACCACCUAGCAAGCCAUUGGAGUUGGAGUGCAUUCUUGACUCCAAAGGGAUCAAACAAACAAUGAAAGGUGUGUACAAAGACUAUCUGGUCAAAUGGAAGGGGCUUCCUGAAUCUGGAGCUACUUGGAUGAGUGAAAGUGAUAUUCUCAAGCAUGGAACUACAAUCAACCGAUUCGCAACUCAAGGGACUUGA